GCAGCAGUAAAUGAAAAACAGAAAAUCUUUUACAAGUGUAACAGUUAACCACUACACACCAUGAGAUCAUUUACCACGACCAGUUCUUCUGCACCAAACACUAUCUCAAUAUGUCACAUACACAACCAUAUUUCCCUCCAUAUCCCCAUAAAUAUUACAAGCUUCUCUUCUAAGCUAGGACAGAAAGAGAGAAGCAUGAAGACUUUGUUGUUGUUUAGCAAAACAAAAAUGAAGAGUUUGUUGUUUUGUGUUGUGUUCUUGGAGCUUGUCUGGUUUGGUUAUUGCCAUGACCAAUCUAGAAACCAUCAUCCCCUUGCUCCAGCGUUCUUCAUCUUUGGAGAUUCUUUAGUUGACAGUGGAAACAACAAUUACAUUCCCACUCUAGCAAAAGCUAACUAUCUCCCAUAUGGAAUUGAUUUUGGCUUCCCCAGUGGCCGUUUCUGCAAUGGCCGUACAGUUGUUGAUUAUGGAGCAAUGUACCUCGGUUUGCCAUUGGUGCCACCAUAUCUAUCUCCAGUAUCAAUUGGGGGAAACGUCUUGAAAGGGCUUAACUAUGCAUCUGCAGCAGCUGGGAUUCUAGAUGAAACUGGUCAACAUUAUGGAGCAAGAACUACACUCAAUGGACAGAUAUCACAGUUUGAGAUGACUAUCCAGCUACAGCUCCAGCCAUUCUUUCAAAACCCUGCAGACCUUAGAAAGUAUCUUGCGAAAUCGAUAAUUGCGAUUAAUAUAGGAAGCAAUGAUUACAUCAACAACUACCUUAUGCCUGAUAGAUACUCAAGCAGCCAAAUCUACGGUGGAAAGGAGUAUGCAAUUCUCCUGAUCAAGACUCUCUCAGCUCAAAUAUCAAGACUAUACAACUUAGGUGCAAGAAAAAUGGUGUUAGCUGGAUCAGGACCGUUAGGCUGCAUACCGAGUCAGUUAUCUAUGGUAAGAGGCAAGAACAGCAGCGGGUGUGUGACAAAGAUCAACAAUUUGAUUUCAAUGUUCAAUAGCCGACUGCAAGAUCUACCAAACACUCUCAACAAAACUCUUCCAGGGUCAUUCUUUAUCUAUCAGAACUUCUAUGAUCUCUUUCAUGACAUGGUUGUUAAUCCCUCUAGAUAUGGUCUUGUUAUAGCAAACAAAGCAUGCUGUGGUGGUGGAAGAUAUGGAGGAGCGUUAACAUGCCUUCCAUUGCAGCAACCGUGCUUGGAUAGGCAUCACUAUGUCUUCUGGGAUGCAUUUCAUCCAACAGAGAUUGCCAACAAAAUCAUAGCUAAGAAUACAUUCAGCAAGUCUACCAAAUACUCUUACCCUAUCAGUUUCUAUGAGCUGGCUAAGCUGUGAGGAUUGUGUCUCAAAGCUAGUGAGAAGGUUUUUAAGAUGGGAUUUGUAUGUAACAAUUGCCCUAAAUCUUCGAGAUAAUAAUCUAUGUUCCAAUAUUAUAAGUUAAAACCUUUCUUUCUAAAAGUGUUAACCAACAAGACAAAGAUGUUAUUCUUGAACAGUCAUAUUAUUUGCAAAGUGAAGCUUAAAUUCAAGAUUUAGAAAAGGAAAAUCCAUGUGGAUGAGACAAUGAUAUAUAGAAAGUAUUCUUAUCCAGUAACUGCUAAUAUACAUAAAGCUAGAAACAAGUUUAGCUUACAGUUUUUUCUCCUCGAAAUGGUUUAUCAUUGGUGGUGUAGCAUAUCAUCGCUGACAAAGUCUUCUUCACCAUUGGAGGUAGGUACA